AUGGAUUCCCCGAAGGUACGGUGGCCGCUGACCGGUCCGAGAUCUACGGCUACGGUGCUCACCGGCCUCGGCGCCCUGCUGCUGCUGCUGCCAGUGAUAGCGGCGCUACGGGACGUGCAAGUUUCGGUGCCAGCCGCGGUACGCCGAGGGGACACGGCCACGCUGUUCUGCUACUACGACAUGGACGGCGAAAGUCUGUACUCGGUGAAGUGGUACAAGGGACGCCGCGAGUUCUACCGCUACACGCCAAAGGAAAGUCCGCCGAUGAAGAUAUUCCCGGCUCAGGGCGUCCAGGUGAAGCGUUCUGCAUCGAACGAAAGCCAACUGACGCUGCUCGGGCUUUCGAUGGCUUCGUCCGGGAAGUUCAGCUGCGAGGUGUCCGCCGAUGCGCCCUCGUUCCACACUCUCAUCAAGACCGGCGACCUGGAAGUGUGCGAGGUACCGAAGCAUGUGCCCUCGGUUCACGGGAUGCGUUCGCGGUAUCGCGUCGGUGACAUCAUUCGCGGCAACUGCACGUCCCACAACUCGCGGCCCGCCGCCAACCUCACCUGGUACAUCAACGAAGCGCAGGCCAACCCGUCGUACAUUCGCACGCACAAACCGUUCCGGGAGCGCAAGAACGACUUCGAGACGUCGCUCGUCGGGAUCCACUUUGUGGCCAGCAGUCACCACUUCAUGAACGGGAAGCUGAAGAUCCGCUGUACGGCGCGCAUCCACGAUAUCUAUCUGCAGUCGACGGAGCGAUCGAUCGACGAGGAUCGGCCACGUGUCAUGUCGGCGGCAUCGUCGGCCAACGGGGGAAACAGCGCCGUGGUCGGCAAUGCAAACGGCAUCCCGUACGAUAGCUUCCCGUACAGUGAAAAUGAGCUCGACCGAAAGGACUACAUGACCCACUUGCAGGGAGACAUGGCCGCAUCGUCCGGAAGCGCACCGUCGGCCUGCUGGCUUCCGGGCCUCGGGCGUCUCCAGUUGUCAUCAAUCAAUCACCCGAGUCGGACAGCCCUGCCGCUGCUGCUCAGCAUCCUGGCGCCCCUCCUGAUGGCUGCCCACCGUUGGCUGCUGCACGUCAACCGAACCGGAUCACCACCGAGCACGGCUUCCGUCGGAGCAUGA